ACAUUUUCAUAUAUAAACUCGGGACAACCGCCAAACUAUUAUCAAUCUUCACUUGUGUGUUUUAUUACAAUAACGUGCCAAAAUGGGUUUCAUUACUGCUCCGCUGAUAACUAUCGCGUGUUUGGUCUGCUAUUUAACAUCUGACGCGGCAGCCAAAUUAGACAAUGAAGUAGCAGAAGGAGUCAUAAAGCACACCCAUUACCAUACCGGAGACGUUGAACACGCGCAUAAACACGACGGAGAGGCACACCACGAGCAUCACCACAAGGGUAGCGCUGAACACGCCCAUCACCAUGGUGGUGAGUUCGGCCAUGGACAUCACCACGGCGGUGAGUUCGGUCACGGACAUCAACAUCACGGUAGCGCGGAGCACAAACAUCACCACGGCGGUGAGUUCGGACACGGACACAAGCAUCACGGUAGCGCCGAGCACAAACAUCACCACGGCGGAGAAUUCGGCCACGGACAUCACCACGGAGGUAAAUUCGGACAUGGACAUCAUCACAAGGGAAGCGCCGAGCACGCCCAUCAUCACGGAGGAGACUUCGGACACGGACAUCACCACGGCGGUAAAUUCGGGCACGGACAUGAACAUCACGGAAGCGCCGAACACAAACACGCCCAUCACGGUAGUGCGGACCACAAACAUCACCACGGAGGAGAGUUCGGCCACGGACAUCACCAUCACGGUAGCGCCGAGCACAAACAUCACCACGGCGGAGAGUUCGGACACGGACACCAUCACGGUGGUAAAUUCGGUCACGGACACGAACAUCACGGAAGCGCCGCACACAAACAUCACCACGGUGGAGAAUUCGGACACGGACACAAACAUCACGGUUCUGCCGAACACAAACAUCACCACGGCGGAGAUUUCGGACACGGACAUCACCACGGCGGCAAAUUCGGACACGGACACUCGCACCACGGUAGCGCCGCGCACAAACAUCACCACGGCGGAGACUUCGGACACGGACACCAUCACGGCGGUGAGUUCGGCCACGGACACGCCCAUCACGGUAGCGCCGAACACAAACACGCCCACGGUGGUGAGUUCGGACACGGACAUCACCACGGCGGUAAAUUCGGUCACGGACAUCACCACAAGGGAAGCGCCGAACACGCUCAUCACCACGGUGGCAAGUUCGGCCACGGUCACGAACAUCACGGAGGCGCCGAACACGCACACAAACACCACGGUAGCGCAUCCCACGGACAUCACCACGCCGGCCACUCGAAACAUCAUCAUAAGCACACCGUAUAAGCCGACGACGAUGGUUCCCAAAAACGACGGCGCUCAUACUACCGCUACAUUUGGCAUUGACUCCAUUACGGUGAAGGAUUUCGGUUUGUUUAAUAAUUUCCAAUUUUCUUCUUCCGCCUUCCUC